CGAUACACUGCACCUCAAACGAGUAUUGCUGCACUCAAAAUUGUGGGAUACCAGAGUCCAUCGUACACCAUCAGUUGUCUGGCAGAUGCCGACAGUUUGCACUUUCUCGAUCUCGAAAUGACGUGGGUGUUCAAGAGGUACGAUCGCAAUUCGUCUGAUGGAUAUGCGCUUAAAGCCGUGAGAUUUCCGUCGUCCGAUGCGAGUCCAAACGGAAUCCAAAUCAUCGCUCAUGUCCUUGCGAUGUCCAAAUUUACAAUUGGGACGCCAUCUCGUAAACUAGAAGGACUCUAUUACUGCGAAUGGACAACAAAAACGUUUGUACAUCGUUCACCAGCUAUCGAUCUUCGACUAACCGAUGAGAAUCCCUGUGUGAAACCUGUAUUAUGGCGAAAGCUAUGCCACCAAGAAGCCGUGUGUGUUUAUAAAAAUUUUAUGCUUGGUUGUAAAUGCAAACGUGGAUUUAUUGGAGAUGGAAAAGUCUGCACAGAACUCAACGAAUGUCGCGCAAAAACCUUUCGCUGCCCAAGCGAUACUGUGUGUAUAAACACGCACGGCAGCUACAGAUGUAAAUGCUUCGAUGGCCGCCAGUACAACAGCAAGAGCAGACGUUGUGAAGGUGGUUCUUCUUCUUCUACCGACGCCAACAACCAUCGUUCAUCGAUUCACCAGUCAGCACAGAGUGCUGUCAGUAACCAGAAAGCACAGAGUGCUGUCAGUAACCAGAAAACACAGAGUGCUGUCAGAAACCAGAAAGCACAGAGUGCUGUCAGUAACCAGAAAACACAGAGUGCUGUCAGUAACCAGAAAGCACAGAGUGCUGUCAGUAACCAGAAAACACAUGAGAAGUUGGAUCAGAUGGCUGCUAACAAUGAAACGGCGUCGAGCUCAAAAGGAGGUUCAUCGUCAGCAGGUCUCAUUGCUGGUGUUAUCACGGGCAUAGGGGUCGUUGGUGCAGCAGUGGGUACGACAGUAUAUUGCCUAGUACGACGACCCCGUGCUAGGGUUGUACUAAAGGAGCUAUUGUGCAGGGUCGUACAAAGUCUAAAGACGAUAGUCAACAAGAAAAAACAGAGCAAUGACAAGAAACAGACAGCAGAGCCGAAAAGAAAGAAAAAAAAAAAAAGGAGACCGGGCGCUCUUCACAAACCACACGAUGUAAAAGCAACACGAGAUGAAAAACGUUUACUGCGAAACGAUGUCGACGACGAUAGUAAACAACGUCCUCUCGUGGAAGACAAUGCCUAGACUCGUAAUCUGCACCUGUUGGAAACUCUACGUAAUGCUCAACAAAUAAGUGUAACGCUGUAGCUUUAUCUAUCUAUAGAGUGCAUGCAAGUCACAAAGAGCGUUCAUGUUGAUAUUUUGAAAUUUCUGUC